UAAAAAUUACAUUUUAUCUGUGACUGCAUGCUGAUUGUAUCAUUGUACGAGUAGGAGCUGUUUUUUAUUUAGAAUCCACGUAAAGUCUUUAAACAGCUGUGCUGUGUAGACUCGAUAAGAUACGAUGGGAAACAAUAAUUCACAUGGAAAGAGUGAUAUAAAAGACGGCAGUGGCAUGAGCACUCCUAGAGGCUCAACCCGAAGCAUGAGAUCGGGGUCCAACGGAGAAGUGCAAGAUCAGCCAGAAAAGUCUGAGCAACAGACAACGUCUUUAGUGCCCGUUGAAAAACUUGGCAAGCUCCUUGCGCACCGAUCACAGAAGGAAGAUGGAGUCAAUGGGGUUACGGAAAAAUCUUUUACCAAAUAUCUAUUUCCGAUGUAUCCAGAACUGGCGCGUCAGUUUUACAACUAUGUUCACAGGACAGCUAAGUGUAAGAACAAUCACAUUCCCCUGUCUGCGUUCAGACAACAGUGCGAAAAGAUACUGGCCAUGCUAGAUGACAACGCCAUCAUUGAAACGUAUAUAAGAAUGUUCAGCUCCGAACCCGAAGAAGGCAAUGUAACUCCUAACGAUCUUCGCGCUCUUCUCUACAUCAGCUACAAAUUAUCGAUGGACCACUAUCCCGAAGGUCCACAAGCAUGUCCAAUGAUAAAUAAGACGCUUUCAGCAGUCAUCAGGGGUUGUUUCAACAAUAAAGAUUCCCAUAGCGUCGGAUUCGUGGUACGCUGGCUAGAGGAGCACUGUCAUCGACUUAUAUUCCCCAUACACAGGUACUGUGUGCACAUCCUAGCGACUCGUCACCGCGACAUUGAGUCCCUCAGCAACAGCAGUAGCAGCAGCGGCUCGCUGGAGCUCGGCACUCCGGUUCUGGAACGCGGUUCCUGGGCGGGCGGCUCGGGUGCUGGUUCCGGUGGCAGUGGACUCCUGCCGGUUUCAGCCGCUUGGCUGCUGGCAGCAACGGCACCCCCACUCUACUCCAGACCAGCCAAACCCCCGCCUCACCCAGGUGGUACAACUGCUUCGACUGCGUGGAUGGCUCGUCUGGUGUGCGCGCUGCCCUCACACUGGGUGCCGUUGUACGCCUCCAACGAGCACGGACUGGGUGCCAACAGGUUCCUUCACCACACGCUAGCAUACCGGGGUCCAACACUAGUAGUUAUAGAGGGCAAGUGUGCAGGUGAGGAAUCUUCGGAAUCGGAGAGGGUCACUGUAGUGGUGUGUGCUCCUCAGGAAUGGCGUGACACACACCAGUACUGGGGUGGACCACAGGGAGCCCUUGUGCAACUAUAUCCCACGUUGUCUUUGGUGGAGUGCGGUCCGAAGCUGUUGUACCUUAAUUCUCAUAUUCGCGGGUACCCACGAGGUCUCCGCUCUGGCUCGGACCCACGUCGCCCGCUGCUGUCUGUAAACGAAGGUUUCGAUUCAUUCACGUUCAAAGGAGUGCCGUACACUCUCUGCGCUGUUGAGGUGUGGGGUUGUGGUGAGCAGGCCCUGAGGGAAGCUCAACUUGAGGUCAAAAAGUGGCAGGUCCGGGAGGCUGAGAGACAACGACAGGUCAAGAUAUCAGCUGCGGACUGGAUAGAACAUCCCGAUCGCUACCUACUAGAGCUGGCAGGCCGGCCACAAUACAACAAUGCUGCCACAUAGUCAACAGUACCAUAGCAGAUAGCACUUUAUUUCACACCAACAUUCAGCGGACGGAGAAUCUAAAUACCAAAGGAAUUGAGCUCGUUUUUUCAAUUGCAACACUCAAAUAAAUGUCCCUAUUGAUGUAGUGAUGAGCUAUUUUGAAACACCAACCGAUGUAAAAAUUAAUACAUAAAAUGCUUUGCUGUAAACUUACUUACAUUGUUUUAUAUUAAUGAGAAUUCUUGUAAAUUUUAUUCUAGAACUCAAUCUAUUAUUUAAAAUAUUUAGAUAAUACUUUUAUCAACUUACAGUUAUGUUUUAUUUACAGGUGGUCUAGAGUCUAGAAUCUAGAUAUAUGGUUGACAACUAUUAUACAAAUAUUACAGUAAAAGUAUUGAUAGUUGAAAUAUUCUAUGUCACAUCUUUUUUUUUUUUGGUGUAGUAUUGUUUUUUUCAUACAAACAGCUGUGAUAUUUUGUAAUCCUAUACGAGCACAUCCGAGUUGGUGAUACUUAGAAACCAUUUUAUAUAUGCAUGUUAGAUUAAUUGUCUGAAAAUGUUAUAUCAAUAUUAAGUUUUCAUAUCGCCAUAAUUCUAUUUAUGGUUUUAUAUUUAAUCACAUAUAAAAAAAAAAUACUUAAAAUUUCCUCAACACUUGUGUAACUUAAAUGUAGUUAAGGAAAUUAAGUUUAAAAAUUAAAAUCAUGAAAUAUUAUUGUAUCAAAGAUUUGUUCAACUAACACUAUUUAUUUUGCUCAAAUAUUUGAAUAUUCACGAAAACUGAAUUUGAGUCAUUCAUUACAAAUAAUUUUAGUCAUAUAAAUCUUAAUAAGGCCUUUUCACAUCUACUAUUUUAUGAGAAGUUCCAUUUCUUUUCAAAACAAUUAAUAAGUCAAAAAAGACAAUAUUUUAUUGACAGUAUUUAUACAGUUGUUGCUAGCAUUUGUUAUUGUUUAUAUAAAAAAAUGAACAUAAUAUUUAGGACCAAUUUAAAUAUAUUAUAUUUUGCUUUUGCUUUGCACAAUAUAUAUUGCGAGCUUAUUUGUAUUAAGAAAAUAUAAGAAAAAAUCCAUUUGGCGCCAUGAAAUACUUAAAACACACAUACGUACUUGCAAUCUCAAAAUAAUUUAUUUUUUAUAUUGGCUGCCAAAUGAUCAAUGCUUUGAGAGACUUUAGAAUAGAAGAAAAUGGUUGCCUUCACUAUAUUCUAAAUGCUUUUAAUAAUGAUAUUGAAGUGUUUUACACUUGUAAUAUAAUGUAAAAUAUAGAUAUAAGAUAAUAAACGACUUCAAAUAAACAA